UUUAGGCGCAUGAAACAUUUUUCAAUUGUGUUAUCGCGUACGCUCCAACAAUUUGACAGCACAUCGAUACGCUGCCAGCGCGACAGCGCGCGCACUUUGUGUAAAUGACACUUUAGCUGUAAGCCCAUGCUGUCAAAACGCUGUCAGUGGAUAAAUGUAAACAAUAAUACGACCUUCAACUCUCUGUCGCAGAAGGGAAAAACUUUCUCGUGGCCCAGCUGAAGUGUACUUCGAUGAACAUUUUGUGUUUAGAUUUCGGUUACUUUGGAAUAAAUAACCCAUCACGCAACGUUGGCCUUUAGUAUUUUAGUAAGCAUCGAACAGCAAAAGUAACACCUUAUUCGAUCCACAACGAUUGAGGAGCAUGCGCCUCGAUGCUUUGGUCGCAUGGUAUCAGAAGAAGAUCGGCACCUACGACAAGCAACAAUGGGAGAAAACGAUCGAGCAGAAGAUUCUGGCCGGCAUCAGCCAUUUGCCGUUAAAAAAUACCAAACUCAAAACCGAACUGAUCGAUGUCGACCUGGUGCGCGGUUCCACCUUCCCGAAAGCUAAAUCGAAACUCUCCAUCCUGACGGUGCUGUAUCUGGCCGCACUGCGCUUUCUGCUGCUGCCGGUUUACGCUCGCUGGUGGGUACAGCAAACAUCGCCCGGCGUUUUUCUACUCCUGCUCAUGCUCUAUCUGCUCCAAAUGCUGAAUCUCGGCGUCUACAGCUACUGUGCCCGUUCGGUGUCGGGUAGCAGCGAGAGUGAACCAAAGCUAACGACAGAACCGGUCGAUCAUAUCGUCACAAUAUCGGACUUUUUGAUCCCACUCGCACUGAGCUUGCUGUUGAGCGUAAUUCAUUCGCAAAUCGUUGCGACAGCCUCGAACAGCAAUGGAUCGUCACUGUUUUCCUGUGGCAAACUGUCGCAAAAGUGUUUCUCCCAUGGUUCCGCUGGUUCGGCAACACCGGGCGCUGCUAGUACCGGAACCGGUCCAUCCAUGACGGUACCGGCUGGUAUUGGUACGUUGAGCAAGAAGCAACGUGAGCAACGCAUCCGUCGCAAACGUCGUGUUAGGGCACACUCCGAAACGGCCCAAUCGGCAUCGGGACGGGUACCAUCGGAUGAUCGUGAUCGUAAGAAAGCGUUCGCUAGUGUGGGCGGCUCUAAAUCGGCUACCAGUUCACCGGCCCGGAUGGCCCCUAAGAAAGGUGCAUGUAGUACGAGCAGUAGCACCAGCAGUGAUGCUGUGGAAAGACAGCAACUCGAGCUGAACGCAGAACUGGACGUAAAUAAUACGCCCCGGGAUGAAAGGCUUCGUAUGGAAGACCGUGCACCAAACAUUCACCGGACGGCAAAUGGUACGGUGAACGCUUCACCAAUAGGCGUAACAAUUACAUCGACAAACAGCUCAAGCGAUCAUUCACCACCGAACGGGCGCCGCACUGGUGAUCAUGUACGAUCGGAUACGAUGCUUCUGCUGCCGUCCGGUUUGCGUCGGCGCAAUGUAAACUGGGACCCAACCGUACCGGAACGCGGAACACGGCCAGGCACUUCCCUGCUAGAACCGGUUGUCGAUGACGAUGGGUUCGAAAGCUUAAAUGGUAAAAGUUCCGGCGGUGAAGAUAGUGUUGGGAAUGUGUUUCUUCACGAUCACAACCGUUACCGGAAAAGUCCGUUUGCAAACGACUGGCCGCCGAAUGGUGCGUCCGGCACGAGCAUAGAGUUUAAAGAUCACCAGUCCGAUUCCGAUACGGAUACGCUAAAAAAUAGUGCUACCAGCUACAAUGCUUCCACCAUCAUCCCGGAACUCGACGGACUGCUCGAUCCACAGCGAAAGCAAUGCAUGGAAAAGGAGGUACUAAACAUUGCUCAAAAGGAUACGCACCAGCAGGAGAGGAAAGAGUGCAAGGAAACGGUACGGCAACGGCACACCAAGGACACAAGUAAGCAGCAACGGUGCGCACCGCUCGAUGGUGCAAAGUUAAGCGGAACGGAUGAAAAGCUAGGGACGAGCGGCAGCGACGAUACGGACGAAGAGAACAACGAGUACGAUUUGCAUUCACCGUCGCCGCCACACAUGCACCUACUUCACUCAUCGCCACCGCUUCGCCAUCAGCCGGUACCGGUACGGUCGUCGGCAGGCUCGUCCCCGUCACCGCACCAUUUGCUUUACCUUCAUCGCCAUUCUGCCGUAGCCCAACCGACGGUCCAUUCAGUUCAUUCGCUUCAUACGCAUCAGCAUCACUUUCACCAUUCGCCCUCCGUACUGACCGAAGGUGAAGAAUGCAGCUACAGUUCCGAACUGGACCAUUCCGAUACGCAAAACGAACACUCGGACGAUGAUUACGAGCUGGAGGAUGUACCGACGCUGAUACUGAAUCCGGCCUGCGGUGCGAACGAUCGUGUCAGCUGCACCAUAUGGGAGGCACGGGAAGCGAAGAAGGCCGAAAUGUCCGUGCUGGAUAUAUCGUCUGCCAUCAUCGAGCGCGUCGAAGCGAUGCCCGAAUCGUGCGAUUACGUUUACAUCGGUGUCGUGCUAAGCGUGUUCCUAUCGCUUGUGCCCGCCUUCUGCCGGCUGUGUGAAGCGACGGUCGAUUCCACCAACUCGACCGAGGUAAACUUCUUCGACAUGCCGGUCAUCCUUUUCGAGAAGGCAUCCUUCUCGCUGCUGGCCGUGCUGCGGUUCGCUUUCGGCGAAAGCUCUUGGGAACGGUUUGUGCUGGUGCUCGGAUUUCUGUUACGGCUCGUGCUAACGUUUCUGGUGUUUUUCCUGCUCGCCGUAGCGGAGCGUACGUUUAAGCAGCGCUUUCUGUACGCGAAACUGUUUUCCCAUCUGACAUCGUCCCGGCGGGCCCAAAAGUCUGGUAUACCGCACUUCCGGCUGAACAAGGUGCGCAACAUUAAGACCUGGCUGUGCGUACGAUCGUAUCUGAAGCGACGCGGACCACAGAACUCGGUCGAUGUGAUUGUGUCGGCGGCAUUCAUUAUCACGUUGCUGCUGCUUGCCUUUUUGAGUGUGGAAUGGUUAAAGGAUUCGGUGCAUCUGCACUCCCAGUUCAAUCUCGAGGCGCUCGCAUGGUCAUGUGCGUUUGGGACAUUUUUGCUACGGUUCAUGACGCUCGGUACGAAGAUUAACAAAAAGUACAAGAGCGUUUCGGUGCUGAUAACGGAACAGAUAAAUCUCUAUGUUCAGAUCGAACAGAAACCAAAUAAGAAAGACGAGCUGAUGAUAUCGAACAAUGUGUUAAAACUAGCAGCUGAUCUCCUCAAGGAGCUGGAAUCUCCGUUCAAAAUCUCCGGUCUCAGUGCAAAUCCGUAUCUCUACACCACCGUGAAGGUGGUCAUACUGUCCGCCCUCUCCGGUGUGUUGAGUGAAAUGUUAGGCUUCAAGCUAAAACUUCACAAAAUUAAAAUUAAGUAAAUGGAGCAACAUUAGAUUUCCAUUUUAAAAGAAUGAUUUCAUCUGCCCGCCUCGUGUGUUUGGCAAACCCUUCAACGGACACGCUUGUAAGUGACUGUACUAGGUUUUUUGUUGUUGUUUUUUUUCCGAAGCAUUAUGUCUGUGUGUAUGUGUUUUGGAACCGGUACGCGCCCGGUUGUGCAAAACAUGGUUUAAAAUUAAAUGCUCCUCCAUAGUUAUGGAAGAUACUCACCUUAUACUACCUUUACCUGAUGAAUGGGGACUCGCACCUACCAAGCUAUCCUCAAGCCUGCAGAUUCUCAAGCCUCAAGAUUUCUCUCGUUCCAACGUUCCGUAGCCGUAGGUUAAUAUGUAAUGGAACAUAGUAAUAGUAGUGUAAGGAAGUUACUAGUAGCACACCUAUAACCACAUGGCAGCGAACUGCACUCGAUAAGUAUACAGGGUUAGUAAAAACCAAACUACAUAUAGAAACCAUUGAAAGAAUAGCAUAAACGCACGAUCCGUUGAUCGGUAGUGUAUAGAGAGAAAGAGAGAGAGGAGGGAGAGUUUGUACCGUCAAUGAUCAUUGGCCGGUGCCGUGAAGUUAGCGUGAACUGAGAUAAGUAUAGUUUAUUUUUAUAGCACAGUAAACAAAAAAGGAAUGCAUGAAUAGGAACAGGAUUUUAUGUGUGACAAUGGUAGCAAUGUGCAAUUAUGACGUUUAUAUAGAGAAUGUAGCAGAACGCGUACGAGUGAAAGCAUUAGGAAAGGAUGUCGUUUUAAGAUAAGCGUGUUCGUAUUAAGAUUGUGUAUUUGCUAACUGUUUUAGACUGUGUGUAGAAUGUGUGUUGUGUGAUAGUGUGUUUCUGGUACGGAAUCGGGAAAGCAGCAAAGUGGACGUAGCGUACGAUGUUGUACUUGCGUUUUGUUUUCCAGUCGUUAACUAGGUGAUGAUGAUGUUCCACCAGCACUACGUUUGCUAUAUUUUAACCUCGAAAAUUAAAAUCUUAAACGUAGGACAA